AUGGAUAACCCGUAUUACCAAGAAGACGUGGUGGCCUACCGCUCACUAAGCACGAUUAAGGAGCUGGAAUGGCGGCACUUGAAGAAGAAGUGUCAAAGUCUGCAUCUGGAAAUGGCCUGCUCUCGUCUUCGGGAGCUGGUGAUGUUAUUGAAUGUGGGUCGCUUCAUUUGGACCAUUGAACUACUGAUGGUCCUCCACAUGAUAAUCUUGCUCGCCAUAGUAAAGAAUGUUGUAUUGGUCUCAUUGCUUCCCUAUUUGGUGGUUAUGCUCUUAACUCCUUUUAUUAUGCUAGGCAGCAUUCAUGAUAACGUUGGGAUCGUAUUCAAUACGGUUAUCUCGUGGGUGAUGGCAAUUUCGCUUACCCUAAUGGAUAUUCUCUCUGACCUUUUGGGAGCCAUCCACCAUGGAUCGCCGUAUCCGAUAGUACCCUGCUACGAUCAUGUGGUGCUGGUCUGUGUCUACAUGACUCUACCCAUCUCGUUUUUCAAUGGCUAUUGCGUUUAUAUCCUGGGAGUGACGGUCUCCGUUGUGUAUUUCUGCUACGUUCUCGAGAUGCAAUACCUGAAUAAUCAGGUUUCGGUUGCCCUGCUCGCCUCCUAUGCGAUAUACCUCUUCAUCCUGAACCUGAUAUUUUGGUACUUCACCUUGAUUCGGGAGUACAACAUGAUACUCAGUCGCUAUCAGUUGGUAUACCAAAGCAUUGUCUAUCAGACGGUAUUAAAGAAGGAGAAUGCUCUAUUGGAGUCAAUCUUACCACGCAGAAUGGUUCGCACCCUGCAGGAAGAAAUCUUCAAUCUUAUCGAGGACCAGGACCGACAUAUCCCUCAUCACGGGAUCUGCUCACGAAAACUUUUUUUGGAGCCGUACCCGGAGGUGUCCAUCUUGGUGGCCGACAUGGUCAACUACACGCACUUCACCACCACUCUGGAGGUGCCGCAACUAGUGGAGAUCCUCCACGAACUGUUUGUGAGCUUCGACCUGGCUGCCAAUCGCAACCGGGCGAUGCGGAUCAAGUUCCUGGGCGACGCCUACAACUGUGUGGCCGGCAUCCCCAACUACAACGCCGCCCACGCCUCCUGCUGCGUGGACCAGGCGCUGGAGAUGAUCCACAUCACGCAGGACCUGAGCAGCCGGCGCAGUCUGUCGAUCAACCUGCGGAUCGGGGUGCACUCGGGAGAGGUACUAGCCGGCAUCAUCGGGCACACCAAGUGGCAGUUCGACAUCUGGUCCAAGGACGUGGACAUCACCAAUCGGCUGGAGACAUCCGGAUUGCCGGGCAUGGUGCACGUCUCCCAGAGGACACUGAGCAUGCUGGAUGAGCACUAUGUGUUCGAUGAGGGCACGGAGGUGGCCAAGAAUGAUCCCAUUCUGCAGAAAGCGGGCAUCCGCACCUACCUGGUCAGCAGCAGACAGCCGGAUCCAAUGGAGCCCGGAGACCUGGACAAUGAAUUCAGCAAUGCCUCUAUUAAUUCUGGCCGUCUCAGCUACGGUGGCUAUUACGAGGAGAUCCAGGGCAAGGCGCACCGCGAGAUGAUGGACGAGGUGGAGCACAUGGCCUUGGGCUUCAGCUACACCGAGUGCAAGCGACAGAGGUUCAUCAAGAAGAGGACCUUAAGCGAGAAGUACAUGCUCAAUGCCCGGAUCUACUUCAUCCUGGGCGUAUUUCGCAGCUGGAAAAGGGAAUGGGCGUUUCACAGCCUUCCGGAUCUGAUGAUGAAAUACACCCUGCUGUGGGUGCUCUUUGCCGGACUGGCGAUAUUAUGCAUGAACUGGAUCGUAACACCCCAAUAUUUAAACCUCUUUGUCAUGUUCGGCAUUCUUCUGUUACUAGCGGUACUGUGUUUCCUGGCCGGCUACAAGAAGCUCAGCUUGCAGAGGAGGCAACUCACGCCCAUGUCUCAGCCAUCUUGCUUCCUAAGUCGCUGGCUGAUCAGGAUCUCGGAACUCAUCGAGGAGUCGAUUUUCGUAAGGGUUCCUGUGGCAGUUGUGGUGCUGCUCCUGCUCUACGUAAUGGGCUCACUGGCAGUGUUUACCUGCGAUGUGGCCAAGCUGGAGCUGGGAAUCAUCGAAGCCCACCUGUAUAACGAGAAGUCCUAUGCAGAAUGCUUUGGACCCUGGACUAUAACCUACUGUGUGGUGAUUGUGCUCAGUCUGUUGUUUGUCUUCAUGGGCUGUCCGCACUUGAUCAAGAUGUUGGUAGGCCUUCUAAUCCUUGGCCUCCACUUCUGCACUAUUCACUACUACUACGGAUUCGCCUUCGAGAGAUCAGAGACCACAGAUCAGGGUCUGAAAGCGGACUACGCGCACACCUGGUACCUGGUUGCCUUUUUUAUCGUUGUGAUUAUUCAGGAACAUCACCUCAACUACAUGAGCAAGGUUUCCUAUUUUAUGCGCGUCUGCUACGAGGAUACACACACGCAGACGCAGGACAAGCUGCGCUCCAUCAAGAUCAUCAUGGCCAACAUUCUGCCUUCACACGUGGCGGAGGUGUACAAGGUGCGGCUAGCCAGCGAUCAGCUCUACUACGAGAACUUCAACAAGGUGGCCGUAAUGUUCGCCUCCAUCGAGAACUUCGAUGCGGACACGGCGGGUCUGCGGAUUCUGCACGAGAUCAUCUGCUGCUUCGACGACCUCCUGGUCAACUACCAAUUGCGCUACAAGAUCGAGAAGAUCAAGGUGAUGGGCUGGACCUACAUGGUGGCCUGUGGCCUCGAAGUGGAGCACUACACCGACUUCUCCAUCGACAUUCCAGUCAAGGCGCCCGAGACGGAAUCGGAAGUGAGACGCAGAUCUAGCGUGCUCACUGUUCAUUUCGGAAGCACUGAGGAUGAUGAAAUGAGCGGAGAUACCGUCAGCCAGCCAUACGCUCAAGUGCAAGAUGCCGCCGUCCUGGUGAUGACCGAAUUUGCCUUGGAUCUAUUGCGAAUCAUGGACGAUAUCCGCUUUAACCAUGUGUUUUCCGAGUAUAAUACUUUUAUGAACGGCGGCCUCAAGAUCGGCAUCUCCCAUGGACCUGUGAUGGCCGGUGUCGUUGGACUUUCAAAGCCGCACUAUGACAUCUGGGGUCACACCGUCAAUAUGGCAUCCCGAAUGACCUCCACUGGACUGCUGGACAACAUCCAGGUGACAAGGCACACGGCCAAGGUGCUGCGGCAGUUCAACAUCCGCUGCAAUUACCGGGCCCACACGGAAGUGAAGGGAGUGGGCAAGGUGCCCACAUAUCUAGUGGUGUUGGACAACAAUCUGGUCUUCCACGAGCACGACCAAGUGAGCAUGAGUAUGAAGAGUUCAAAGAGCCUGCUCAUUGAAAGUGGUCCACUACCAUUUACGGUGAGCUACGUUCCUCCAAAGUCAUCCACCUCGGAAGGUGAGUCAGAGGAGGCUGAGGAGGAGGCGGCAGAGGAGCAAGAGCACGACGAAGAGGAGGAGGAGAACGAGCUGGAGGAGCCGAAACAGGAACGCCAGAAGGGCGGCAUCAUCAUCACCGGCGACUUGUAUUAA